AUGGUGAUGACCUUUCACCAGAGUAUAUUCCAGAAGAUGAAAGUGAAAAGUUCAAAGAAGACGAUGGAUGCAGUGGAGUCGAAAGGAGAGAUCCUUCUAGAGUCACAUAUUGCUGGAAUAGGUGAGAGCACAGUAUCUGAGACAAAUAAGAUCCCUGAAGAAAUUCUUAGUACUUUACCAGUGAAAUAUGAAGAAGGUCAGCAGGGAGAAGGUAACAUCCCAGCUUCAGCAAAAGCUUCAAAGGAUGAUAUUAGUACAGUCGCGGUUAUAGAAACGAGUGCGAAGGUAAUUGGUGAAGAAGGUUCACCACGGGCUGUGCAGAAAUAUGAACCAGGAGAGGAGCUUCAAAAAUUGCUGGAUGUGAUGCCUGAAGAAACCAAGGCAGAAUCAUCAAGAGAAAAUGCACAAGUAAUUACCUGCACAAAGGAGGAAAGAGCAAUUCAGAACAUAAAAGAAUCCAAAGAAGAAGAUACAAAUGCCAUAAGUGAUACGAAAGAAAAAGACACAGGAUCGGAAGAGUCCGAUACAGAGAGUCUUGGAGGGAUACAAGAUGAUGAGAACGGAAACGCUACAAGCACAGCAGAAGAGACAAGCGAACUCAAAGUGUCUGAUGUUGAGCUUUACUUUAAUGAAGAAAUACAAAAGGAAAAUUCAAAUGAAGUUCAUGAGGAAGAACGGAGCUCUCUGAUAGGAGUUCCAAAAGUAGAGCCUCGUGAAGAUGGAGAAAGGGAAAGAUAUGAUGAUUCUCCAUUUGGGAACCAGAAAACCACUCAACUAAAAGGAACAACCAUGGAAGCCUCCAAUCUUGACAUUGAAAUAAGUGAAAAAGCUUCUGACUGUGCUCCAGAAGAAGGCUUCAGCAGAUCACAAGAUGCUAUGAUAAACAGAGAGCACCUAAAUAAUGAAGCAAAUGAAACAAAUGAAACCAUAAAGAAUGAAGUUUCAAAUGAACAGAAGCAUCUUGAGAUCGAGGCCGAAAAGCUAGAGGCAAAAUAUUUGCGGCCGAUCUCUGUUAGUGGAGAAAACAUCAGCCAUAGAGAACUAGAAAAUGAGUUGAUAGCUGAAAAAUAUGAAGGAGAGAAGAGUGAAACAUUUAAUACCGCAAGAAAUGAAAAUCGGGACAAUGAGGAAUCCCCGAAAGAAACUACCCAAUUAGUGGCUAAACAUUUAACUGAAGACAAAGAACUUCAAACCGAAGAGAAUCUGUUCCUAGAAACUUUUAUAAUCGGCAUGUUUUCCUGCAUGCAUAUGCCAAACUCGACUCAAGACGGAGGGGCCAGGGGGGAUGUGCAAGGAGGAAGGAGGGGAGGGAAGUGGAGGAAGAGAGGGAUGGAGGCCAACGACCCUUGGGGGACGGCGGCUAAAACUUUUCUCUCUUAA